GGAGGAAAAGGGGUGGCAUUACCGAUAGCGACUAAGAGACGGGUAGCUGAGAGACUGAGCUCUGACUGGAAAAAAGGGAGAACCUGCACCCCCAAGAGGCCUUAACGCACAGAGCAGCAAGACCCCCCGGGGAGCCGCGGGAGGGCGCAGCGCAGCCGUCAAACUACAACUCCCAGCGUGCCGCGCGCCCGGCGUUGCGCCGCGCCCGCUGAUUGGCAGCCGCGGAUAUUUGAAAGGAGGGGCUGGCGCGGAAAACGAAGGUUACAUUUUGGAUCCUCGCGGAGUACUGGUCAGGCGGCUCUCCGGUGUCAUGAGGAGCUUCAAAGGAGUCAACUUUGGGACUCUGCUAAGCAGCUGGAAGGAGGCUGAAGAGUUGCUGCCCGACUUGAAGGAGUUCCUGUCCAACCCUCCAGCUGGUUUUCCCAGCAGCCGAUCUGAUGCUGAGAGGAGACAAGCUUGUGAUGCCAUCCUGAGGGCUUGCAACCAGCAGCUGACUGCUAAGCUAGCUUGCCCUAGGCAUCUGGGGAGCCUGCUGGAGCUGGCAGAGCUGGCCUGUGAUGGCUACUUGGUGUCCACCCCACAGCGUCCUCCCCUCUACCUGGAACGAAUUCUCUUCGUCUUACUGCGGAAUACUGCUGCACAAGGAAGCCCAGAGGCCACACUCCGCCUUGCUCAGCCCCUCCAUGCCUGCUUGGUGCAGUGCUCUCGCGAGGCUGCUCCCCAGGACUAUGAGGCUGUGGCUCGGGGCAGCUUUUCUCUGCUUUGGAAGGGGGCAGAAGCCCUGUUGGAACAGCGAGCUGCAUUUGCAGCUCGGCUGAAGGCCUUGAGCUUCCUAGUACUGUUGGAGGAUGAAAGUACCCCUUGUGAGCUUCCUCACUUUGCUUCUCCAACAGCCUGUCGAGCGGUAGCUGCCCAUCAGCUAUUCGAUGCCAGUGGCCAUGGUCUAAAUGAAGCAGAUGCUGAUUUCCUAGAUGACCUGCUCUCCAGGCACGUGAUCAGAGCCUUGGUGGGUGAGAGAGGGAGCUCUUCUGGGCUUCUUUCUCCCCAGAGGGCCCUCUGCCUCUUGGAGCUCACCUUGGAACACUGCCGUCGCUUUUGCUGGAGCCGCCACCAUGACAAAGCCAUCAGCGCAGUGGAGAAGGCUCACAGUUACCUAAGGAACACCAAUCUAGCCCCUAGCCUUCAGCUAUGUCAGCUGGGGGUUAAGCUGCUGCAGGUUGGGGAGGAAGGACCUCAGGCAGUGGCCAAGCUUCUGAUCAAGGCAUCAGCUGUCCUGAGCAAGAGUAUGGAGGCACCAUCACCCCCACUUCGGGCAUUGUAUGAGAGCUGCCAGUUCUUCCUUUCAGGCCUGGAACGAGGCACCAAGAGGCGCUAUAGACUUGAUGCCAUUCUGAGCCUCUUUGCUUUUCUUGGAGGGUACUGCUCUCUUCUGCAGCAGCUGCGGGAUGAUGAUGUGUAUGGGGGCUCCUCCAAGCAACAGCAGUCUUUUCUUCAGAUGUACUUUCAGGGACUUCACCUCUACACUGUGGUGGUUUAUGACUUUGUCCAAGGCUGUCAGACGGUUGAUUUGGCUGACCUGGCCCAACUAGUGGAGAGUUGUAAAUCUACCGUUGUCUGGAUGCUGGAGGCCUUAGAGGGCCUGUCGGGCCAAGAGCUCACGGACUACAUGGGGAUGACCGCUUCUUACACCAGUAAUUUGGCCUACAGCUUCUAUAGUCACAAGCUCUAUGCCGAGGCCUGUGCCAUCUCCGAGCCGCUCUGUCAGCACCUGGGUUUGGUGAAGCCAGGCACUUAUCCUGAGGUGCCUCCUGAGAAGUUGCACAGGUGCUUCCGGCUACAAGUAGAGAGUUUGAAGAAACUGGGUAAACAGGCCCAGGGCUGCAAGAUGGUGAUUUUGUGGCUGGCAGCCCUGCAACCCUGUAGCCCUGAACACAUGGCUGAGCCAGUCACUUUCUGGGUUCGGGUCAAGAUGGAUGCGGCCAGGGCUGGAGACAAGGAGCUACAGCUAAAGACUCUGCGAGACAGCCUCAGUGGCUGGGACCCGGAGACCCUGGCCCUCCUGCUGAGGGAGGAGCUGCAGGCCUACAAGGCAGUGCGGGCCGACACUGGACAGGAACGCUUCAACGUCAUCUGUGACCUCCUGGAGCUGAGCCCCGAGGAGACACCAGCCAGGGCCUGGGCACGAGCCACCCACCUGGUAGAACUGGCUCAGGUGCUCUGCUACCACGACUUUACGCAGCAGACCAACUGCUCUGCUCUGGAUGCUAUCCGGGAAGCCCUGCAGCUUCUGGAGUCUGUGAGGCCUGAGGCCCAGGCCAGAGAUCAGCUUCUGGACGAUAAAGCACAGGCCUUGCUGUGGCUUUACAUCUGUACUCUGGAAGCCAAAAUGCAGGAAGGUAUCGAGCGGGAUCGGAGAGCCCAGGCCCCUGGUAACUUGGAGGAAUUUGAAGUCAAUGACCUGAACUAUGAAGAUAAACUCCAGGAAGAUCGUUUCCUAUACAGUAACAUUGCCUUCAACCUGGCUGCAGAUGCUGCUCAGUCCAAAUGCCUGGACCAAGCCCUGGCCCUGUGGAAGGAGCUGCUUACAAAGGGGCAGGCCCCAGCUGUACGGUGUCUCCAGCAGACAGCAGCCUCACUGCAGAUCCUAGCAGCCCUCUACCAGCUGGUGGCAAAGCCCAUGCAAGCUCUGGAGGUCCUCCUGCUGCUACGGAUUGUCUCUGAGAGACUGAAGGACCACUCGAAGGCAGCUGGCUCCUCCUGCCACAUCACCCAGCUCCUCCUGACCCUCGGCUGUCCCAGCUAUGCCCAGUUACACCUGGAAGAGGCAGUGUCGAGCCUGAAGUAUCUCGAUCAGACCACUGACACAUACCUGCUCCUUUCCCUGACCUGUGAUCUGCUUCGAAGUCGACUCUACUGGACUCACCAGAAGGUGACCGAGGGUGUCUCUCUGCUGCUGUCUGUGCUUCGGGAUCCUGCCCUCCAGAAGUCCUCCAAGGCUUGGUACUUGCUGCGUGUCCAGGUCCUGCAGCUGGUGGCAGCUUACCUUAGCCUCCCAUCAAACAGCCUCUCACACUCCCUGUGGGAGCAGCUCUGUGCCCAAGGCUGGCAGACACCUGAGAUAGCUCUCAUAGACUCCCAUAAGCUCCUCCGAAGCAUCAUCCUCCUGCUGAUGGGCAGUGACAUUCUCUCAACUCAGAAAGCAGCUGUGGAGACAUCGUUUCUGGACUAUGGUGAAAAUCUGGUACAAAAAUGGCAGGUUCUUUCAGAGGUGCUGAGCUGCUCAGAGAAGCUGGUCUGCCACCUGGGCCGCCUGGGUAGUGUGAGUGAAGCCAAGGCCUUUUGCUUGGAGGCCCUAAAACUUACAACAAAGCUGCAGAUACCACGCCAGUGUGCCCUGUUCCUGGUGCUGAAGGGCGAGCUGGAGCUGGCCCACAAUGACAUUGAUCUCUGUCAGUCGGACCUGCAGCAGGUUCUGUUCUUGCUUGAGUCUUGCACAGAGUUUGGUGGGGUGACUCAGCACCUGGACUCUGUGAAGAAGGUCCACCUGCAGAAGGGGAAGCAGCAGGCCCGGGUCCCCUGUCCUACACAGCUCCCAGAGGAGGAGCUCUUCCUAAGAGGCCCUGCCCUAGAGCUGGUGGCCACUGUGGCCAAGGAGCCUGGCCCCAUAGCACCUUCUACAAACUCCUCCCCAGUCUUGAAAACCAAGCCCCAGCCCAUACCCAACUUCCUGUCCCAUUCACCCACCUGUGACUGCUCGCUCUGCGCCAGCCCUGUCCUCACAGCAGUCUGUCUGCGCUGGGUAUUGGUCACGGCAGGAGUGAGGCUGGCCAUGGGCCACCAGGCCCAGGGUCUGGAUCUGCUGCAGGUAGUGCUGAAGGACUGUCCUGAAGCCGCCGAGCGCCUUACCCAAGCUCUCCAAGCUUCCCUGAAUCAUAAAACACCCCCCUCCUUGGUUCCAAGCCUCUUGGAUGAGAUCUUGGCUCAAGCAUACACACUGUUGGCCCUGGAGGGCCUGAGCCAGCCAUCAAACAAGAGCCUGCAGAAGGUUCUAGAGUCAGGGCUGAAGUUUGUAGCAGCACGGAUACCCCACCUAGAGCCCUGGCGAGCCAGCCUGCUCUUGAUUUGGGCCCUCACAAAACUAGCUGGCCUCAGCUACUGUACUACCCAACUUUUUGCAAGCUCCUGGGGCUGGCGGCCACCAUUAAUAAAAAGUGUCCCUGGCUCAGAGCCCUCUAAGACUCAGGGCCAAAAACGUUCUGGACGAGGGCGCCAACAGGUAGCCUCUGCUCCCCUGCGCCUCAAUAAUACCUCUCAGAAAGGUCUGGAAGGUAGAGGACCGCCCUGCACACCUAAACCCCCAGGCCGGAUCAGGCAAGCUGGCCCUCAUGUCCCCUUCACGGUGUUUGAGGAAGUCUGCCCUACAAAGAGCAAGCCUGAAGUUCCCCAGGCCCCCAGGGUACAACAGAGAGUCCAGACGCGCCUCAAGGUGAACUUCAGUGAUGACAGUGACUUGGAAGACCCUGUCUCAGCUGAGGCCUGGCUGGCAGAGGAGCCUAAGAGACGGGGCACUGCUUCCCGGUGCCGGGGGCGAGCAAGGAAGGGCCUGAGCCUAAAGACGGAUGCUGUGGUUGCCCCAGGUAGUGCCCCUGGGAACCCUGGCCUGAGUGGCAGGAGCCGGAGGGCCAAGAAGGUGGCAUCAAGACAUUGUGAGGAGCAGCCUCCCCAGAGGGCCAGUGACCAGGCCAGGCCUGGCCCUGAGAUCAUGAGGACCAUCCCUGAGGAGGAACUGACUGACAACUGGAGAGAAAUGAGCUUUGAGAUCCUCAGGGGCUCUGACGGGGAAGAUUCAGCCUCAGGUGGGAAGGCUCCAGCGCCGGGCCCUGAGGCAGUUUCUGGAGAAUGGGAGCUGCUGAGGCUGGAUUCCAGCAAGAAGGAGCUGCCCAGCCCAUGCCCAGACAAGGAGAGUGACAAGGACCUUGGUCCUCGGCUCCGGCUCCCCUCAGCCCCCGUAGCCACUGGUCUUUCUACCCUGGACUCCAUCUGUGACUCCCUGAGUGUUGCUUUCCGGGGCAUUAGUCACUGUCCUCCUAGUGGGCUCUAUGCCCACCUCUGCCGCUUCCUGGCCUUGUGCCUGGGCCACCGGGAUCCUUAUGCCACUGCUUUCCUUGUCACCGAGUCUGUCUCCAUCACCUGUCGCCACCAGCUGCUCACCCACCUCCACAGACAGCUCAGCAAGGCCCAGAAGCACCGAGGAUCACUUGAAAUAGCAGACCAGCUGCAGGGGCUGAGACUUCAGGAGACACCUGGAGAUGUCCCCCUGGCCCACAUCCAGCGCCUCUUUUCCUUCAGGGCUUUGGGAUCUGGCCACUUCCCCCAGCCUGAAAAGGAGAGUUUCCAGGAGCGCCUGGCUCUGAUCCCCAGUGGGGUGACUGUGUGUGUGUUGGCCCUGGCCACCCUCCAGCCCGGAACCGUGGGCAACACCCUCCUGCUGACCCGGCUGGAAAAGGACAGUCCCCCAGUGAGUGUGCAGAUACCCACUGGCCAGAACAAGCUUCCUCUGCGUUCAGUCCUGAAUGAGUUCGAUGCCAUCCAGAAGGCACAGAAAGAGAACAGCAGCUGUACUGACAGGCGAGAAUGGUGGACGUGGCGGCUGGCACUGGACCACAGGAUGGAGGUUCUCAUCGCUUCCCUAGAGAAGUCUGUGCUGGGCUGCUGGAAGGGGCUGCUGCUGCCGUCCAGUGAGGAGCCCGGCCCUGCCCAGGAGGCCUCCCGCCUACAGGAGCUGCUACAGGAAUGUGGCUGGAAAUAUCCUGACCCCACUCUGCUGAAAAUCAUGCUCAGUGGUGCCGGUGCCCUCACCCCUCAGGACAUUCAGGCCCUGGCCUAUGGGCUGUGCCCAACCCAGCCAGAGCGAGCCCAGGAGCUCCUGAAUGAGGCAGUAGGACGUCUACAGGGCCUGACAGUACCAAGCAAUAGCCACCUUGUCUUGGUCCUAGACAAGGACUUACAGAAGCUGCCGUGGGAAAGCAUGCCCAGCCUCCAGGCACUGCCUGUCACCCGGCUACCCUCCUUCCGCUUCCUACUCAGCUACUCCAUCAUCAAAGAGUAUGGGGCCUCGCCAGUGCUGAGUCAAGGGGUGGAUCCGCGAAGUACCUUCUAUGUCCUGAACCCUCACAAUAACCUGUCAAGCACAGAGGAGCAAUUUCGAGCCAAUUUCAGCAGUGAAGCUGGCUGGAGAGGAGUGGUUGGGGAGGUGCCAAGACCUGAACAGGUGCAGGAAGCCCUGACAAAGCAUGAUUUGUAUAUCUAUGCAGGGCAUGGGGCUGGUGCCCGCUUCCUUGACGGGCAGGCUGUCCUGCGGCUGAGCUGUCGGGCAGUGGCCCUGCUGUUUGGCUGUAGCAGUGCGGCCCUGGCUGUGCAUGGAAACCUGGAAGGGGCUGGCAUCGUGCUCAAGUACAUCAUGGCUGGUUGCCCCUUGUUUCUGGGUAAUCUCUGGGAUGUGACUGACCGUGACAUUGACCGCUACACGGAAGCUCUGCUGCAGGGCUGGCUUGGAGCAGGCCCAGGGGCCCCCCUUCUCUACUAUGUAAACCAGGCCCGCCAAGCUCCCCGACUCAAGUAUCUUAUUGGGGCUGCUCCUAUAGCCUAUGGCUUGCCUGUCUCUCUGCGGUAACCCCAUGGAGCUGUCUUAUUGAUGCUAGAAGCCUCAUAACUGUUCUACCUCCAAGGUUAGAUUUAAUCCUUAGGAUAACUCUUUUAAAGUGAUUUUCCCCAGUGUUUUAUAUGAAACAUUUCCUUUUGAUUUAACCUCAGUAUAAUAAAGAUACAUCAUUUAAA